AUGAAUAAACUGGGAACUGUGUUUUCCAGUGGUGUCCUUGUCAAUAAAAUAUGGAAACGUUUUAUAAACCUUCAAGAAUAUCAGUGCAAAAAGUUGAUGUCAGAUCAUGGGAUUAACGUGCAAAGGUUCGUGCUUGUCAGAAACCCUAGUGAAGUUGAUACGGCGAAAAACAAUUUCAGAGUCAAAGAAUAUGUUAUAAAAGCCCAGAUACCGGCAGGUGGUAGAGGAAUGGGUGUUUUUCGUGAUGGGUUUAAGGGUGGUGUCCAUCUUACGCAGGAUCCAAAUGAAAUGGCGCUCAUAGUGUCGAAGAUGCUUGGAAACCACCUUGUCACUAAGCAAACGACAUCUUCGGGUAUUCUUGUCAGUCAAGUCAUGGUAGCAGAGGCGCUUGAUAUUCACCGCGAAACAUAUUUUGCUAUUUUAAUGGAUCGAACAUCUAACUCCCCAAUCAUGGUAGCAUGUAGCCAAGGUGGGAUGGAUAUUGAAGAAUUAGCUAAACGUUGUCCAUCUGAGAUUAUCAAAGAACCUAUUGAUAUAACUGUCGGAGUAACUGAGGACCAAGCAUCAAGAUUCGCCACGGCUCUGGGGUUCAAUUUACAUACUCAAUUGCAUGAACAAACCUGCAAACAAAUUCAAAAACUCUACAAGAUGUUCACAGCUUUAGAUUGUGUUCAGGUUGAAGUUAAUCCUUUUGGUGAGACAAAGGAUGGUCAGAUUGUAUGUUUUGAUGCUAAAUUAGCUUUCGACCAGAAUGCAAUAUACCGUCAACCAGAAGUUCAUAAAAUGGCCUUGGAAGUUGAAGCUGUUGAAGUGGCUGCUUCUGGUCCGAAGAGUGCAGCAGCCUUAGAAGCUGAUGCUACACACAAUGGCUUAAACUAUAUUGGUUUAGACGAUGGGAAUAUUGGUUGUAUUGUAAAUGGAGCUGGAUUGGCUAUGGCUACUAUGGAUUUGAUUCAUUAUCAUCAUGGUAGACCUGCUAAUUUUCUUGAUCUGGGGGGAAGUGUCACCAUGUCUCAAGUUGAAAAAGCAUUCCACAUACUUGCCAGAGACUCCCGAGUUGAUUGCAUUCUGGUGAAUAUAUUUGGUGGGAUCGUUAACUGCAAAAUAAUUGCUGAAGGUCUUAUAUCAGCUCUAAAGAAUGGUAUUGUUAAUAUACCGGUUGUUGUUAGGCUUCAGGGUAACAAUGCUGUCGAAGCUCAAUCCCUUAUUUCUAACAGCGGUUUGGAGUUGAUUGCCGUCAAUAGCUUAGAAGAAGCGGCGUCACUUGCAGUUUGGAAAGCAGCGUGUAUACGUGGUAACUCCUUAACCUGUGAUUCAGUUGCUUAG